UGGAGGACAACUGACAGAUGCAUUCCAAGUGAGGACUAGAGUCGGGCAAGGCUGCCUACUCUCCCUCUUUCUCUUUCUUCUGAUGGUCGACUGGAUAAAGGCGGCCUGCUUGAAUACAUGGGCUACCUGUUUCUGCCAUCCAAAUGUUUCAACAACUUGAGACAUGGACAUAACCUACACUCUAUUUUGGGAUCACAUAAUGCUUGUGCCAUUGGAGACUCCUUAAUAAACACAGUGUCGAAGGUCAAAUAUCUUGGUGUCAUUUUUUCCUCUGAUCUUUCUUGGUCUUCUCAUGUUUUACUCUUAAAGAAAAAAGUUUACCGUUUGACAUACUAUAUAAAGAGGCUGCAUGCUUUUGGGAUUACUCGCCAUUUACUCUUAAAAUUUGUAAAUUCCUGCAUAUUAUCUAUUCUAUAUUGUUCUCGAUUAUUCUUUCCUAGGCUUUUGAGAAAAGACUUUGCUGUUUUGCGUAGAGUGCUGAAGGCGGUGUGCAAGGUAUGUGGUGAAUCUUUUGAAGUCAUUGUUAAUAUGCUUGUGGAUAGACAUCUUAAGUCUUGCAAACUCUUGGCAGGUGUUAUCUUAUCAGAUACUAACCAUCCGCUUCAUUCAUAUCUUUCUCCUUGUAUAUCUUCUGGUAGAACGAGACGUAAAUACAUUAAACUCCAUACACGCAAGCAAGUCUAUAAAAGUUCUGUAAUAGCUUACUUAGAAAAUUUACUUUGUGACAAACAGACUGUUAGAGUUGACCUAGUAAAUAACCUGUCUUCUUAAGCAUGU